CACACAUAACUCGACGUUCUUGAACGGCCCAUCAUGUCAUUUUCACUUUAACCGUAGCUGUCGCAUCGCAGUCAUCAAAACACCGUCGUCAACAUUGUCACGCGGCUGCACGAAAACCGAUUGUCGUAACGAUAAAACACAUCGCAACCUGUUGGAUAAAACAAACAAUCGAAAUGGAAGCAGGACAACGGCCCGAUAACAGAUCCUCGUCAAACGGAGAACCGACACCUUCAAACAUUGUAUUAGACUAUUUACCAAUAAUCACGAAAGUUGUAGUGGGAAUCCUUCAUUCAAUAUAUGCAUUUAUCAACCUAGCAUUUCUCACCAUAUAUCCAGUAGAAAAAUCUUUAAAAGAUAAAGUUGUACUAGUGACGGGCGCCGGCAGGGGACUUGGUCGGGAGAUGAGCUACCUGCUGGCCAAGGAGGGCGCAAAAGUGGUGUGCGUGGACAUAAACGCGGAAGGCGUCAAGGAGACGGCGGACGUGAUCAACGGCGGCCGGACGGGCGCGGACGGGGAGGCUGACUUUUAUACGACCAACGUGGCCGAACCGAGCCAGGUGAACGAAUUGGCCAAGGCGGUGGAAGAGAAAUGGGGCAAGGUGGACGUGCUGAUCAACAACGCUGGCAUUGUGGCCAGCGCACCGUUGAUGGACACCACUGAUGAACAGAUCAAGCGCAUGAUCGACGUCAACCUGGUUUCACACUUUUGGAUGGUACGCGCCUUUUUGCCGGCCAUGAAGAAGCGCAACGAAGGCCACAUCGUGGCCACGUCCUCGGUGGCCGCUUUCACGUGUGCGGCCAACAUCGUACCUUACGCAGCUACCAAAUACGGUGUCACGGGUCUGAUGGCUAGUCUCAGGGAAGAACUCAGGGCCAACCCGUCGAACAACAUAAAAACCACAACCGUCCAUCCGUUCUUUUUGGACUCUGCCCCGAUAAACGUCAAACACUGGGAUGUCAAAUCGGCGUUGCCAAUCGUUUCGAUUCCUCAAGUUGCCCGUGCAGCAAUCCAAGGAAUUAAAAGAGAAGACGUCGUUGUAACCGUUCCAGAAAUAUUGAGACUGAUCAUGCAAAUACUAUGGAUUGUGCCUCAGAAAUCGGCAGAUUAUUGGCGAGACGCUUUUAGUUCAAAAAUCAAUUCAGCUUAAUUUUCUUUAAUUAUAAACUAUUGAAUUAAAUUGCUUAAAAGUUAAAAUAUUUAUUAUAUUAUGUACCUACAUUAAUUUUAAUUUUAGACCUCAUACAAUUUGUUUAUCAAAUGUUGGUACCUACUUGAAUGCAUUAUAUUUAUAUAUAACUAAAGGAAACUACAAAUAUUUGUAAUUGCUAGUAGGUAGGUCCUACUGUAGUUUCAAUUAAAAAUUUCAAAAUUAAAUUCAGUUCUCGGUUUAUUUAUUUCAAUGAGUAAAUAUUUAGUAAUAUUAAAUUUAUAGCAGCUAUUUAUUUACUCACUUUAUUUAUAUUAUAAUUUAUAAUCAACAAUGUAUUGUUAAAUACUAAAAUUAAUUUAUAAAAUAUUAUAAAAUAAUAAAAUAUAAAAUAAUA